UUCGGUCAAACACCACAAUCAACAUUUAACUAUUCGAAAGUCAACGAUGCCAUCGACUCUACGUUGCUGUCUAUUUCUUCUGCUCAGCUGUGGCUUAUCCAGCUUAUCCAGUUUUCCACAACCCUCCCAUGCGCAGCCAUUGCAGGAGGGUCGCAUUGUGGGUGGUCAACAAACGGACAUUACACAAUACCCCUACCAGGUGUCCAUACGACUCGACUCCUCGGUGUUGAUUCACAUUUGUGGUGGUUCAAUUUAUGCGCCACGCAUCAUUAUAACAGCGGCGCAUUGUUUGAAAGGUCGGUAUGCGUCAACAAUACGUGUUGUAGCGGGCUCGUCCACCAUCGCUGAUCAAACGGAACAGGGUGUGGCGGCCCAGAAACUCAUCUAUCACAGUGGUUAUAAGAAGAAGACGCAUUCCAAUGAUGUUGGUCUGAUAAUUUUGAAAGAGUCGCUAGUUUACUCAGACACAGUGCAACCCAUAGAAUUGGCAGCUGGUUCGACUAAGGUUGGCACGCAUGCUAUAGCCACUGGUUGGGGUAAGGACGAGGCGAGUGCGCAGCAAAUGUCAAAACUUUUACAAGCAGUUGAAUUGCAAAUAGUCGACACUUUGGCAUGUGGUGUGCAAUAUGCCGCAAAGAAUUAUGUUAUCACAGAGGAGAUGAUAUGUGCAGGUGCUGAGGAUGGUGCGAAGGAUACAUGUCAAGGCGAUUCCGGUGGUCCAUUGGCGGUGGAUGGUAAGCUGCUUGGUAUUGUUUCGUGGGGCAUUGGUUGUGCUCAGGCAUAUCCUGGCGUAUACGCGAGUGUGCCGUAUCACACUGAGUGGAUUGAGGAACAGGCGGCGGCAUAUUUGUGAGGGACGUGGUUUUGUAAAGAGGACGAGGUAGGAAGUGAGAUUAAAGAGAUGCAGGUUUAUUUUUCGUGUUUUCAUUUUUUACAAACGAUCAAAGGCCAAUGAACAAAUUUACAUAUA